ACCUAGAAAGAACCAUCAAAGCUGACAUUAGCUGACGCAUAGCCUUUUGUUGGAAAAUAAUUACAUUAUAUGCUUGUACAAUUAAUUUUUAACAAUUAUAAUAAUUAAUGUUCCCAAAAAGAUUCCAUUUAUUUAUUUAAUCUGAAGUUCAUUUCAUUUUAAUCCUAUACUGUUAUUACAGCUUCUCUGAUACAUUGAUGUUUGAGCGUAUUGUUAUUUACAAAAUGUUGCUGUGUUGUUUAUCUGCACCUGGAAUUACACGAUUUUGAUGAAGGAUAUUGACAUUAGCAGUGUCAUGAAAUUUAGGAUGUUAAUUAGUUGCAAUAAUCACCCGUAAAAUAUUUUAUUCGACUCAAAAAUGACUGAUAAUAUAGGUUUUAGUUUUGGGAGAGACCCUGUGAUAAUUUCAUCGACGCCUAGACGGAGUCUUUGGAGGUCAUGGAAGCAGCUUUCAAGGUUCCAGAGGAAUCUGAUGAGUAUGGUGACAGCUAUAGGGAUAGUGACGAUCAUUUACUAUUGGUCGGUGUUGAAGCUUGGUGUUGAGCCUCUGGUCGAAAUCGAGAAGAAUGGUCUGGCAAGUGAGCCGGCACCAGUCUUGUCCAACGAGGAGCAUCAUCCUCAAGCUGAUGCGCAGAUUGCACAGCCUGAUCAUCCCCAGGAUAAUGAGAACAACGCAGUGAUGGAAGACUGGGUGGGGCAGGUUGCACCCCCUGAGGACCCCCCCAACCGAGGGGUGGAGUUCCCCCCGCCCUCCACCGAUCGCCAGAAAGCGGUGGUUGAUGCGUUCAUGCAUGCAUGGAACGGAUAUCGCAAGUUCGCCUGGGGUCACGAUCAUCUCAAGCCGGUGUCGGGCUCUUUCAAGGACUGGUUCCAUCUCGGCCUCUCCAUUACUGAUUCUCUUGACACCAUCUACAUCAUGGGCUUGAAAGAAGAAUUUGAAGAAGCAAAAGGCUGGGUUCGAGAUAGCCUCAAGUUCAACACCUACCACGAAGUCAACCUAUUUGAAGUUACCAUACGCGUUCUUGGUGGACUCUUGAGUGCUUACCAUCUGUCUGGCGAUCGAAUGUUUUUAGAAAAGGCUACCGACCUGGGUGAGCGACUCUUGCCUUGUUUCACGAAAUCACCGUCUGGCAUUCCCUACUCGGACAUCAACCUGGCCUCACAGUCGGCCCAUUCCCCCAAAUGGAGUCCUGACAGUAGUACCUCUGAGGUCACCACCCUCCAACUCGAGUUCAGAGAUCUCAGUCGAUCCACGCACGAAUCAAAGUUCGAGGAUGCAGCUUUCAAAGUGUCGGAAAGUGUGCACAAUCUUCCGAAGACCGAUGGACUGGUUCCGAUCUUCAUCAAUCCGAACACCGGCCAGUUUCACUCCUACACAGACAUCAAGCUGGGAGCCCGCGGUGACAGCUAUUACGAGUACCUGUUGAAACAGUGGAUACAAACUGGCAAAACUAUCGACUUUUUGAAGGAUGACUAUUUGGAAGCGGUUGAAGGAAUCAAGAAGUGGCUGGUGAGGCGCACGCCCAAGAGCGAUCUUGUGUUCAUUGGUGAGCUGAAAGGCGGGACUCACGAUUUCGUUCCGAAAAUGGACCAUCUGGUUUGCUACCUCCCCGGAACGCUGGCUCUAGGCUAUCACAACGGUCUACCUGAAGAUCACCUGAAGUUGGCGCUUGACCUGAUGGAGACCUGUUACCAGACCUAUGCUCAGAGACCUACUUUCCUCGCUCCUGAAAGAUCAUCUUUCAGCAUUCAGAGUAGAAGAAUCGUAAUAGACUUGGACGAUAUUUAUGUGAAUAGUAAAGAUGCUCACAAUUUGCUCAGACCAGAAUUUAUUGAAAGUCUUUGGUAUUUGUAUCAGAUAACUGGCAACACUACAUAUCAAGACUGGGGAUGGAAUAUUUUCAAGGCGUUCGAGAAGUACUCGAAAGUUGCGCAUGGUUUCACUUCAAUUGGUAACGUGAACAAUGUUACAGACACUAAACCCAGAGACAUAAUGGAGACAUUCUUCCUCAGUGAGACCAUCAAAUAUCUUUACUUGCUUUUCAGUAAUGACAGAAAGUUGCUAGAUAUUGAUAGAUACGUGAUAAAUUCUGAAGGGCAUCCAUUGCCUAUACGCGAGUCAUGACCGCCGCCGGUAUGAAUUAAUUUCAAUUGUAGGUCUAAUUUCAGUGUCAUAGUAUGUAGGCUACAUUAUGUUACAGAAUCUGCAGCCAUCUUAUGUAAUUAUUGCAAGUUCAUCUAAUUUGAUUCAAAUUCAUGUGAUUUAUUUUAUGUUCAUGUAUUUUCUGAAUUUUCAAAAAUGUUCUAGAAUUUUAAAAAUCAUUGUUAAUAAGUUGAUUUCAUCUGUAGAUGUGUCGAAAGUGGUUCCAAUUUUUCAAAGUAAAUAAAGGUUUAUUUAUUCACACACAAAAUAGUGUGUGAAUUCAGUUAUCAUUUACAUAGCCUCUAGACUGUGUAUUCCAAAUUAAGUGUUAUCAAUACUUAAUAAUAUAAGUACGGUAUAAGUGAAUGUUGUCUUAUUAGGAGAUUCGUAUCGUGUCAAUUCAAGAUGAAGUUCCAAAACUAUAAUAUUUUUCCAUAUGUCACUGUGUAUUCCAAAUUAAGGUUUGAAGCAGUUUUGGGCGAAUGCCUGUUGUUUUUACCUGCAUUGUAGGCCUAUCUAUUGUCUAUGAAUAAAUGAAAUUUAGAGUGAAUUUUGUGAAAUGUUUGUUGGUCAUAUUAUCAAUAGUGACCAACAAACAUUUCACAAAAUUCACUCUAAAUUUCAUUUAUUCAUAGACAAUAGAUACAAUGCAGGUAAAAACAACAGGUAUUAGCCCAAAACUGCUUUAAACCUUAAUUUGGAAUACACAGUGACAUAUGGAAAAAUAUUAUAGCUUUGGAACUUCAUCUUGAAUUGGCACGAUACGAGUCUCCUAAUAAGAUAACAUUCACUCUCCCAAGUUCACAGUAAAUAAUUUUUGCAAUUACCUAUAUUUUACAAUGAUUUUUAAAAUUCACAAAUCACAACUUUAUGGCAUGUAACUACUUAUUCAGAACAUUGAUUGUCAGUUUUUAAUUACCUAUUGAUUUUUUAAUUGCAGUUGAAAUAGACAGCAGAGAUCACAGUUUAAUAUUUCUAUAUCUAGUACAUUUGAGGUGUGUAAAUGUUUAUAGUUGAGUUUUUCACAUUUUAAUUGCUAACUUUGUCACCUAUAAAUUUGGAAGAAAAAUAGCACAAGGACUACCUUUCUAUUUCAUCUACCAAUUUUAUUACGCUACAUUAGUGUAAUUUGCAUUUUAAAUAAAUACAUAAAAUAAGUACUGAAUGUUUGGAGUUUUUGGAGUGCUAUUUGAUUCUUAUGAGUUGCGUUAAAUGCAGUACAUUGUGCUAGAUUACAGUCACUAUCAAAUGAUAGUCGCAUUUGGAUUAGCAUACUAUUUUAAUUAUUAGGCUAUGUAACAAUUAGCAUAUGAGUAAAUAGAUUAUGGUGAUAUCCCAUUUCUGCUAAACUGGCAUCCUCGCCUUAAAUUAAUUGUUUGCAAUUAUUUGUAGUGUGUACCAUCAUCUGUUUGGUUUGUUGAAUAUGUAAUAUUAUGUUAGUUGUGUCAUAAUUAUUAUUAAAAUUUAUGUUUAAUUGUGA